AUGGAGAAACAGACGGAUGCGAUCUCGCCACACUGGGUUUGUCUUCUCAUCGCCAUUUGGCAGUAUGACAAAACGGGCGGAUAUUCCAGUUUGGACCACGUUGAGGAAGAAGUGAGGGAAGUGCAUCGAGCUGUGAUUGAAUCAAAGCUUUGCCAAGAAGUUCAUGGCGUAACUGGGCACGCUACCUUUGAGCAGAUCAAAGCGGAAGUAAAGAGUGCCGUGCAACAGCUGGGUCGUGGCUCUACCUGGAUAGUCCCAUCGUGCGGUCUGAAAUGGAACAACUGUGUUCCGCUGGAGUAUGAAGUUAUGGCAGAGGUGUGCAGACAGCAGAAGAGCGCGUUUUGCCUCGACGUCUGCUUCUUUUGCUCCAGCUGCCGAACGGGGUGGGAGAAAAGCCGACUGAAAGGCACCCCUGAACAUCCACAUUUACCUGUGUGGAGCGAUAACGACACGGUUCACAGGUUCUACCCUUGUCCCGAACGUCAUCCCAUCAUGGACUACCCCUUUCUUGGAGUUGCUUUGGCGAAUUUCCUGCGUGCCCGGCCGGAAACCUUCGAAACACUUGUGUCUAAAUUGAAAGACGAGAUCAAGUACAUCUCCUUGGGCGAAUUGGACCCGGAGCGCCCCAACGAUGCUCCGACGCGAGUGAUUCAGUUGUACGCUGGCGGUGCGACAAGCUCCUUGACGACGGAAGCACUCAUGACUGACUCGGUGCUUGGCUGCUUCCGCAAGGCCGUCUUGUUGCGGCAGCACCUUGCGGAUACAAUCAGCGCUGAGAUGUCAAACUAUGCAGCUACUCGGGAACAGUUGAAGGCAGUGGCAUCGCUCGUGAAGAGAGGGCAGGUCGUGCUACCCGACGGUGAGUGGUGGCUUUGUGACAUCGACUUGCAGUUGCAGGUUCUAGCGACUGACCAACUGCUUGGCAUCAAAGAUGUCUUGACCGAGUAUGUUGAGGGAAACCGCGCUUUACGACGCAGACCUGUUGCAGAGGAAGUCAAAAGCUGGGGCAAGAUUCCCAAGGAAUCCCUGCUUAGGUUUGUGAGCGAACUGCGCGCAGUUGCAACCCGGCCGGGAUCCGAGAGAGGCAAGCUUGGCGUUGGUGUACAGAAGCUUUUGAAAAUCUUGGCCAGCGCCCGCCGUGAGAUUUCACCGCCUCCCAGUGCGCGAGGCAGUCGCAACGAGGAAGCUGUGCUGGUGCCCGGCGUGGAAGCUAACAACAUGACUCUUCAAGACCGGAUAGCCUUCAUCGAAGCGUGGGACUCUGUGCGCAAGGAAAUGGGUGUCGACGGGAUGGAUCCCAACUAUAUCCUUCACGGCAGCCUUUACAUCUUCAGCAUGACCGGUGCAAUGCCCAAGGGCCUGAAAGAGCUAUUCUGCCAGAGGCUGCAGGAAAGACUGCGGGAACCUGAUCGCCUCAAGGACCGGUCCUUUGCAUUGGCAUUUGCGCGGGCACCCGCCUUCCAACUGCCUGCUGACGUACCGGCCCGCUUGACAAACCUCGUCAGCCUUGCCGAAAGAUUUCGAGCCGAGUUGGAUCCUGCUCCUACAUCUUGCUUUCUACAUGUGCAUGCAGCAGAAGGCAGUCUGAGGAAAUGGAUGGAUCAGGCCCACUUGGAGGAGACUGGCGAAUCUGGUGACAGGCGGAUCCGUCUCAUCUACGGCGGAGUGGAGCUUGCUGAUCACGAGUGGUUGAGGGGCGCCUCCAAUUUGCAAAUUGUCGUGGAGCCUACGUGGCGAUUCUGGGCCCAACACCCGAAGUUUGAGGCUCUGGGUGCAGAGAUGACAGGACUGAUACGUGACCUUUCGACAAAAGUGCUCGAUGGACGUUGCUGGGCCGACGAUGAAGCCUUCAUGGACUUGGUGCUUGCGAGCUCCUCUCUGGCCGCCGCAGGGCCUGAGCUCCACGAGCUGGUGUUGCGUGUACUUCGAGGAGCGGCGGCAUCCGAGUGCCAGACUCCGCAGGACAUGGAGGUCCACUUCUGGCAGGAGAUCUUCGCUAGCCCCAUUCCCAUGGAGGCCGCCGCUCGACUGCUGCUUUUGCAGCUUGAUUCGGCAGAGAGCCAGGAGUCUUCCAUGGGCACCGUGGCGCCGACAGCUGCUAAGAUUGUCAACCCGUCAAAGACGAGGUACUUCAGGCGCCACACCUCAGCGUUGGAAGCAUGUGGCAGCUUCUUGGAUCGAAAGAAUAAGAAAAGCCAGAGUAGUACUGCUUUCCCGGAGGUCGAGGGUUUGGCGGAGUUGCUUGAGCAGAUCGAGAGACUGCCUAGGGCCCAGCGGCGCGUCUUGGAGCUCUUGAGCGUAAAUGUCUUUACUGCUGCUGCGGGUUUCGCACGAGCGAUUGAAGUUGUCCGCGGACUCUCGCAGCCAGUGGCCACGAGAGGGAGUUCUGCAGCUGAUCCCCUCGAGGAGAUCGAUGCCGAACUGGAGCAAACGUUGGAGAAGCUUCGUGACGACAUUGAGAGUGUCGGUGUUGACCGUGCAAUUGACCUCUUCAUCGAGGAGUGGAACUGA